GAAACUAUAUCCAUGAAAUGCUUUGAUCAAACGACAAUUCAAAUAGAGAAUUUCCAAAAUUUCAAACUAUUUCGACUUCCUGCGGCUAUUUUAUCUAAAACCAUUGUUGACAAUUAUAACUUCUGUCGAUUUGCUACCGAGAAUCUUGAUGUAAAGAACACAUUUAGUUCUCCGUAAAGAGGGCUUAUAUGUGUGAUAAUGUGUUUCAUGGUCUUUUUUGUUAUCUGAUAUAGUCCUGAUGAGGCUGCGGUUCCACGGCGAAAUGCAACGACUAUACUAUAUAUAUAUAUAUAUGCGUAACUUACAAUGAACAGAGGCCAUUGAUUACAACCAAUAAUACUUCAUUAAAGCCCUUGUUUGCGUCACAAUGGAAUGUCUCUUGUGGCUAAUUAUUUUUAUUUCUUUUCUUGGACACCAAUAAAUAAGGUGGCAAUACCCAUUCAAUAUCAUUUAAUGAAUCCUCCGGUCCAGAAUGUCAUGGGUGGUGCUCAGCUUCACACUCCACAAUCAAUAUUUCAACACAUGAUGGGUCAACAACAGAACGCACCUCAAGAAGCUGGACAAUGGAUGCAAAUUCCCCAGGUCCCUCAACUCUCUAUGCCAUGGAGUAUUCCAUCGCUCCAACAACCAGACUUAGUGCGAUUCACUGGGGAAAGGUCUCAGCCAAAGGUCCUGAAUUUGCAUCAGAAGAGGAAACUUGAAAUGCCUGAUUUGGUUGAUACCGGUCGAUCAAAACAGUUCAUAACUGAAGAGAAAAUGGCUGCUCAUUUCCGACAAAUGCACAUUGAUCCUCAGUACCAACCGACUGCAGAUGCACAACCUUCGACAUCAGUAAUCCCUCCGCAGCAAGGAUACAAUCAAUUCUUCCCUGAUUGUGAUUUGGAAAUGGAUGGGGCGAGUCUAGUAGAGCAGGUGAAAAAACCUCAGCCGAAACUAGUUUUUUCUGAAGAACUCAAGCGACUUAAAGAAGAACCUCUUCUUCCAGUGUCGCUUUUAUCGAAGUUAGCGAGGCCCUCCAUGGCUUUAGUUCUUUGGGAACCUCCGAACAAGUAUCUGAGGCCUCUGCCAUCUCCAAGAGAUACGCCGACUCAAAACCCGAACGUUUCUGACGACAACAACAACGCCAACAAUAUAGCUGCUGAAAGUGGAAACAAUAAUAAUAACAACGAAGGAAUUCCCGACAUGAAUGAUAUAUUUAGCAAUCACGCUGUACCCUCACUGGAACCGAUGGAUUUAUAAACAUUUCUCACUAACCUAAGGUCGAUCUCAUCUAUAUAAUUCUGAGCUGAAUAACCGUGCGCAUUUAUUCCCCGCACAUUACUGCCGCUACAUAUGGAAUGACUCAUUUCUUUUUAUGGAGAGAUUUUGUUUGUCUUUAUUAUUGGAAAGGAUUGCAUUGAAAAGUGAGAUUAUUUUUAUUGAGGAGUGAAAGAGAUUAAAAUUGUGAAUUUAAGAUUAAUAAGCGGAAUCUUUAUUUCUGAGGAUUAAAUUUAAGAUUCGGUAUGAAUUGAAAUUGUACUGUGUGCUAGAACAUUUUUAUGUAAGUUACGUUAAAAUUUUGUAUUACGCCUGUAUGAGGAUUAAAGGUUAAAUACUUUGUCUUAUGAAAA